AUCUGAGAACACCCUAUCCCUUCGUACGUUGUUGAACUACUCUACUAUCUCUUUCAUUCCCCUUUCUUUCUUUCGCUCCAUUGGUUAAGAUCAAACCAGAGAUUCCAUGGGAACGUGUAUGAGUAAGAAGAAAAGGUCGUCUUCCUCUUCCUCUGUUUCUGCAACUAAGUCAGUUUCUAGCUCCACGCCCCAUCUUCAACCCCAAGCUGUCACUGUCUUCCAAUCCGAAGUGGAAUCUGAGCGAGAAGCGAGCCUAAAGAAGGAGAACAAGCAAGAAGAUGAAGGCCAAGUGAAAAAAGAGGUCUUUAUCAUCAAGCACAGGAAGAGCUAUUCUGAUGGUGGUAAUAAUGAUAGAGAGAAAUUUUCCAAACACGCAUAUUCUGAGGGGGUUGCUUCAAUUACUAUGGCCAAUGUAGCAGCGGAAGCAAAAGAAGUAGACGAGAUUCUCUUAGAGUGUGGAAGACUGAGCAGAAACUCUUCAGGGAAAGCUGUUUCCUCUGGUGAACGUGGGAGAAGGAGAAAACACUCUGCUUCAAAGAGAAGCCGUGAUUUUGACGACUGUGAGAAUGAUAAUACCACCAAUGCCGUUGGCAAUAGUGACUUAUUAUGUGAGGACGAUGAUGGGUUGGCCGGAGAGCACCGGCAGCGGUACCGUCGGAGAUCUCCCGUGCCUUCGUCAGAGAGAAGGAGAAGAACACCCAGCAGAGAAAGAGGCCAACAGCAACGUUCAAGCAGUAGGGAGAGAAGAGUUAGCAGAUCUCCAAGCAAACGAUCGUUAGAUACUACAACCUGCAACCUCACAAACAACAACAUUAACAACAACGCGACCACAACUAGGCCUGGAAAAAUGUUGUCUGUCCCUCCUACUGUUUCAUCCUUGGCUAUGGAUAAGAGUAAUCAUGGUGGUGGGGGCAUUAUAAGGGUCUCAGUGAGGAGAAAUGUUGGUGCAGCUUCACCUCGUUCUCAGUCUCCUGCAAGAGCAAAUGGAAAUGCAGCAAAUGGUAAAGUAACAUUGUUCAGUGAGAAUCAGCAGCAACCUUCACUGAGUCGUAAUUCUUCAAGGAAAGCAGAACAAUCUCCUCAUAGAAGAAACCCGCUCGGUGAGAUCGAUGUUAAUUCUCUUGCUUAUUCACAAUCAGCGAACAACAAUAGCAGCAGGUUCCAAAGUAAAUCCAGAAGGGACACUGAACCGCAAGCUAAUCAGAAAACAAAAGUUGAUGCGAACAAUAUCGAAAGCAGAACAAGCAGAAUGAAGACGAAGGAGCAACAGGAGGAAGAAGAGGUCAAAGAACAGUCUUCAAUGACUGAAAAUGUUAAUCUGAAGACAACAGUGAUACCACCUUCAGGGCUCGACAACCUUAAACCCCAAGCAUUAACGUUAACAAGAAGCAGAUCAUCUAGGAGAUCACGAGACCUAGACUAUCUCCUCAACUAUGAAACCAUAGGGAUUCCAUCACAAUCUUACACCUCGCUGCUGCUUGAAGACAUCCAAAACUUCCAUCAAAACAACAACAUUACUCCUUCCAUUCCUCUUCCAGCGUGCGUCGCCAAAGCUUGCUCCAUCCUUGAAGCUGUAGCUGAUCUCAACGCCAGUACAAAGUCGAAUCGUCCUCCCAAUCACUAUGCGAAGAGGGUGCCAGAUUCUAGUGUCAAGGAACACCCUUUUGUAGAAUCCGAGGUAGAUGUCGCUGAUGAUGUCAUGGAGCCUAGCUUACAAAAGUACGUGACAACAGUAAGCCGAGGUGAUUCGCUCCUUGGUGGUGGCGUAUUCGAUAUGGAGGACCAGGGAUCUUCUGAAAGCAUGAGAUUCACUGUGAGUGGACAAAGGCAUGUGGGGUUUUCUUCUUCUUCUUCUUCACUGAAACCAAAUUCUUCUGACUCAACUAAUUUUUGGAACUCGAGCAAAAGAGAAUGCGAUUCUCAGAGUAUAGGAAGUGGGAGGUUUGGUGACAUUAAGGACGUUCACGCGAUACCCAAUGUCGUAAUAGCGGCUGGAUCCACGUAAAUACCUGCGAUACAUAGCUUCACCAACAUUGUUUGACAUUUCCUGUGUUUAAAAGUUGCUUAAUUGCAACUAUUUUCGUAUAAUUAUGCCCAUCCUUAUUAUUCGUUGCAUUGUAUUCAUUAACUUGUAUGAUUAUUAGAUCCAGCAAUGGCCUUUCUCAG